CGAAUAUCCAAUGUAAAACGAAUUUUUACCUCGGUCACUUUAUAGAGAGGACACCACGGCAGUCUAGGUUAGUCUACGGAACGAAGAACACUUGAUAGCAAGAAAUCAAUAAUUAAAGAAAGAAAGGCGGAUUAUAGUCAUUGUUUUGAAAACCAGAGGCCGAAGAAUUGUGGAUUACCGGUGAACGCGCGAGGUCGUCUCGUCGAACCGGAGCGAUGUCUGUCGCGGGGCUGAAAAAGCAGUUCCACAAAGCCACUCAGAAAGUCAGUGAGAGGGUUGGAGGAGCAGAAGGAACCAAGCUUGAUGAUGACUUCCUUCAGAUGGAAAAGAAGGUGGACACCACUGGUAGGGCAGUGCUAGACAUCAUGACCAAAACUACAGAAUACCUACAGCCCAACCCAGCAUCCAGGGCUAAACUGAGUCUAAUAGGGACCAUGUCUAAGAUCAGAGGACAGGAGAAGGGACCGGGUUACCCCCAGGCUGAGACUGUACUGGGUGAGGCCAUGCAGCGCUUCGGACGAGAGCUGGGAGAGGAGUCAUGUUUUGGUCUGGCUCUCCUAGAUGCUGGGGAGGCCAUGGGUGAGCUGGGGGCGGUGAAGGAUGCCCUGGAUAUGGAGGUCAAACAGAACUUUAUUGAUCCACUGCAGAACCUACAGGAAAAAGACAUCAAAGAAAUACAGCACCACCUGAAGAAGAUGCAGGGACGCCGCCUGGACUUUGACUAUAAGAAGACGUCACGGUGUAAAGGAGUCCUGGAGGAGGAGAUCAGACAGGCACUGGAGAAGUUUGAUGAGUCCAAAGAAGUGGCAGAGCAGAGCAUGUUCAACCUGCUGGAGAGUGAUAUUGAGCAGGUGAGUCAGCUAGCAGCGUUGGUCCAGGCCCAGGUGGAGUAUCACAGACAAGCCACAGAAAUACUACAGCAGCUCUCCAGCAAGCUGCACGAGAGGAUCAGGGAGGCGCAGGAUAAACCCAGGAAGGAGUAUGUUCCUAAACCCCGGAAGGUCCUGGAGCUGCUCCCCCCAAGCGAUAGCCACAGUGGGGGGCUCAACACCACCAAGUCCCCUGGCCACGCGCGCACCCCCGCUCCUAUGGACCAACCGUGCUGCCGGGCAUUGUAUGACUUUGUGCCGGAGAACGAGGGUGAGCUGGGCUUCAAAGAGGGCGAUAUCAUCACCCUAACCAAUCAGAUCGAUGAUAACUGGUACGAGGGAAUGGUCAACGGCCAAUCAGGUUUCUUCCCCAUCAACUACGUGGAUAUCCUGGUUCCACUUCCUCAUUAGGCCACCCACCCCACCCAAUCUUCACCCCACUCCCUGCCAGGGGCCCCAGCCUCUGCCCAGCCUCUGCCCAGCCUCUGCCCAGCCUCUGCCCAGCCUCUGCCCAGCCUCUGCCCAGCCUCUGCCCAGCCUCUGCCCAGCCUCUGCCCAGCCUCUGCCCAGCCUCUGCCCAGCCUCUGCCCAGCCUCUGCCCAGCCUCUGCCCAGCCUCUGCCCAGCCUCUGCCCAGCCUCUGCCCAGCCUAAUCCACGCCUUCUUCUUUGUGCUUGUGUGAGUGCAACUGCUUUUUCACAAAGAAUUACAACUGUGAGGAACAAGGGACUACAAUUGUAUAUGAUUCUGCAAGAAGAAGAAGAAGAAUGAGGGAUAAGUGAGCUGGUUGAACUAACUGGUGGAAUCAGAGUAGUGAGCUGGUUGAACUAACUGGUGGAAUCAGAGUAGUGAGCUGGUUGAACUAACUGGUGGAAUCAGAGUAGUGAGCUGGUUGAACUAACUGAACUAACUGGUGGAAUCAGAGUAGUGAGCUGGUUGAACUAACUGGUGGAAUCAGAGUAGUGAGCUGGUUGAACUAACUGGUGGAAUCAGAGUAGUGAGCUGGUUGAACUAACUGAACUAACUGGUGGAAUCAGAGUAGUGAGCUGGUUGAACUAACUGAACUAACUGGUGGAAUCAGAGUAGUGAGCUGGUUGAACUAACUGGUGGAAUCAGAGUAGUGAGCUGGUUGAACUAACUGAACUAACUGGUGGAAUCAGAGUAGUGAGCUGGUUGAACUAACUGGUGGAAUCAGAGUAGUGAGCUGGUUGAACUAACUGAACUAACUGGUGGAAUCAGAGUAGUGAGCUGGUUGAACUAACUGGUGGAAUCAGAGUAGUGAGCUGGUUGAACUAACUGAACUAACUGGUGGAAUCAGAGUAGUGAGCUGGUUGAACUAACUGAACUAACUGGUGGAAUCAGAGUAGUGAGCUGGUUGAACUAACUGGUGGAAUCAGAGUAGUGAGCUGGUUGAACUAACUGGUGGAAUCAGAGUAGUGAGCUGGUUGUGUAAAGAGCCAUAGAUGGAUAAAUAUCUGUAUACAGUAUGUGUCUAUGGUUAUGUGUACUGUAAUAGGUUCCAAUGUAUUGCAUGCUGGGACAAGCCAUUUAAAGGUUGACAUUUGAAAUGGUUAAAUAAAGAGAACUGUUACAUGGUGGCGGUUGUAAUGCUAAUGGGGUUUUCUUCUUCUUUUCUUGGCAUGAAUGUUGUUCUGGAGGCAGCUCUGCAGAAUGGUCACCAGCCACAAAGUCAUAACAUCUGAGUUCGAACUUAACCUUAAGCACAUUGAAAACCUUAAUGCCUAACCUUAAAUUAUUUAUAUAUGUGUAUAUAUAGGCAAUUUUGACUUUGCAGCUGGUCCAUCUCGUGGAAAUCGCUCAGUUCUGCCUCCAAGGCAAGAUUCACGACAACAAACGUCAACCUGCGUUGUAAUGAUGAUGAUGAUGAUGAUGGUGGUGUUACAGAUGCUUGUUGUUUUAUAGGCCUGUUGUGACUGUGUUUCCUAUGUGAUGCGCGCUAUAUCACCAGAUACCUGUUUCCUCUGGGCCAUGAAGUCACUAAAGCUGUUGUGUCAGUCAUCCCAAUGCAUCCCAAAAUAAGCACCCUAUUCCCUAUAUAUGGCACUACUUUUGGUUGGAAGGACUGGACGGGGAGUAGCUAGGUUGUUGGGGAUAUUACACAUUGGCUGAUUGGUCCUCUGUUGAGAAGACUUAAGUGACUUGAGAUGGAUGGAGGUGAGUUGACAGUCGGUUUGAUUUAUUUUAUCUUUAUUUAACUCGGCAAGUCAGUUAAGAACAAAUACUUAUUGUCAGUGACGACCUCCCCCCCCGGGCCAGACCCGGGGGACGCUGGGCCAAUUGCGCGCCGCCUUAUGGGACUCCCGAUCACAGGGCCGGAUGUGAUACAGCCUGGAUUUGAACCAGGGACUGUGGAGACGCCACUCAGGAGCCCAGUUCUGCCAUACAGCAUUCGACUGUUUCGGAGUAAAAGUCCCCUCCCACUCGGAGAAGAUGUCAAUUCAACAUCUAUUCCACGUUGGGUUCAACGUAAUUUUUUUAUUGAAAUAGUGUGGACGCAACGUUGAUUCAACCAGUGUGUGCCCAAGCCAGGCCUCUUGUAUAUGGUAUGACGAGACUGAGCGGGCCGGUCUGUUUUACAAGGUCAGGUCUGCGUCUGAAAUGGGACCCUAAUACCAAUGUAGUCCCCUAUUCCCUCAAUACUGGACACCCAAAGCACCUGUUCUCUCUCUCUGUCUCUGUCGCUCUCUCUCUCUGUCGCUCUCUCUCUCUGUCGCUCUCUCUCUGUCUCUCUGUCUCUGUCGCUCUCUGUCUCUCUCUCUGUCUCUCUCUCUGUCUCUCUCUCUGUCUCUCUCUCUGUCUCUCUCUCUGUCUCUGUCUCUCUCUCUGUCUCUCUGUCUGUCUCUCUCUCUCUCUCUCUCUCUCUCUCUCUCUCUCUCUCUCUCUCUCUCUCUCUCUCUCUCUGUCUCUCUCUCUCUCUCUCUC